AUGUACCAACCCGGUGCUAUUCUGCUAGGAGCAGUCGCUCUGUUGAUUCCCAGCGCUUUAGCUGGCGAGGGAGUGCAUCUCGCUAAUUGCGGUCCUGAUGUUGGCUCGGCAUCUGUUAGUGUUGUUGCCUACUACCCGGAUGACUCCCAGUCAAACACGGCACCAUUUUCACAAAAUAUAGCCUUUGCUACCAACCCAGCACGCUUAGUUACCUGGGGAGGGAACUCUUAUACUGCUAGCUUCGCAACUGGGAACACCUUCACAACUCAUAUUCAACCUGGAAGCUUCAGCUUCGGUCAGUAUGCAGGAAGUGGUAAUAAUCAACAGCGACAGUUUGCUUGUUUCCGGGAUAAUAACAGGCAGCUUUGGCGAUCAACGGCUGCUUACGCUUGUUUCAGCAUUUACUAUUGUCUUGAUGCCUAA